AUGUUCGCUUCGUCUUCGUCGAUCUUCACCGCCGCCGUCGCGCUCCUCGCGAGCGCCAACUCUGCCCUCGCGGGCAAGACUCCCUCGGGCGUCUUCAACGGCAACUCGGGCUCGACCAAGAUCGACUACCAGCCCGCGUUCACCAGUCCCAAGGGCGGCGAGAUCUGGCUCGCAGGACAGAACUACAGCGCCAGCUGGGACCAGAAGCUGCCCGAGGGCAUUCCCGUGCAGAAUGUCAGCCAGACGGCCAACCUCGUUCUCGGGUACACCGAGGCAGGGAGCCAGUCGCUUAACCUGAACUGGACCCUCGCGAACAACGUCUCGCUCUACCCGCCUGCGCCCAACACCGUCAACUUCCAGCUCCCAGAGGACCUGCCUCCUCGCAACUCCUACUUCCUCGUCCUCCUCGGCUCGUCGCGCAACCAGUCCCCCAAGUUCACCAUCCUCCCCGACAUCCUCCCGGCGCACACCUCGCCCGACGCGUCCUCCGCCCCUUCGGUUCCUGUUCCGUUUGGCGCGCCGUCGGCUCUUCCGACCGGUGCGGGCGAGAGCGACGGCCAGGGCGAGCAGGGCGAGAACCAGAACCAGGACGAGCAGGAGCAGGGCCAGCAGUUUGGACGGUUUGCGCGCCGUUUUGCGGGUGCGCGCAAGGCUCGUCUCGACAACUAG